UUUUACAAAAACUCUGACUCCCUCCCUCCACCUAUUUCUCAUUCACUCAGCGUUAUCUGUAGCUGCCCUUCUCUCCCACAGUUCCCUCUCGGAAACGUCUCUCUUGUUUUUUCAACUAGAAAACAUGCAGGGGGCAGAAGAGGAGGAGAAAAGAAGAAACGCGUCGGAGGCGACAAGAGAGGGAGGAAGCAGAGAAAGUUGGUAGAGGAGCGAGAGGAGGAGAGGUCGGCCAGAUGGGAAGAAGGAAAGAAAGGAUCUCUCCGUGGGCACAAGUGCGCAAUUAAAGGAUUCUGCACGAACAAUCAGAUUAUAUGAAUUAAAUUCUGUAAUUAGAAGGGGAAUUAUAGGCGCGCCACCGCGUCGCGUGGACGUGGACAAGACAGCGCGCACUGAAACUGCCAAGUCCUUUCUCUCUGUGGAUUUUACUCCUCAUGUUCUUCAAACUCUCGGAGAUGUUCGCUGGAUUCAAAGUCGGUGUCUGAAAACCUCAGCUCCCCGGGUCCUUCAAUUAACUUUCUCCCCGGAAAAGGAGCUCCGCGGUGGAAGUGGAGGAAGGAGGAGCGCGUUGUUCUUUCCGAGGAGUCCUGUUCGCCGUAGCCGGGGUUUAGGCGUUGGCACCCGGGAGGGGAGUACCUCGCCAUGGCCGGGGCCAAGCCAGGAGUCCACGCGCUGCAGCUCAAACCCGUGUCCGUCCACCAAGCGCUCAUGAGGGGGGGCAAAUUCAUCAAAUGGGACGAGGAUCCCAACAGCGGGCCUCCCACCCUGGUAACCCUGAAAGUUGACCCAGGUGGAUUCUUCCUCUACUGGACUGGAGGGUCCAACCUGGACGUGGAGAUUCUGGACAUCAGCACCAUCAGGGACACCAGAACAGGAAAGUACGCCAAACAACCAAAGGAUCCAAAGGUGCGGGAGGUGCUGGGUUUCGGUAAGGCUGACAACGCAGAACGGAAGCUAGUAUCUGUCGUCUAUGGCAAUGACCUGGUCAACAUAUCCUAUCUCAACUUCCAGGCUAUGCAGGAAGAUACAGCCAAGAUCUGGACAGAUGAGCUAUUCACGUUGGCCACAAACAUACUUUCCCAGAAUGCAUCACGGAACACUUUCCUCCUCAAAGCGUACACUAAGUUAAAGUUGCAGGUGAAUCAGGAUGGGAAGAUUCCAUCGAAGAAUAUUCUCAAGAUGUUUUCAGAUAAGAAGCGAGUGGAGAUGGCUUUGGAGCAGUGUGGCCUCGUCAAUAACAGGUCAGAGGGAAUAAAGCCAGACGAUUUCACGUGGGAUGUCUUCCAGAAAUUUCUCGACAGCCUCUGUCUCCGGCCUGAGAUACAAAGCAUCUUUGAGGAAAGUGGCUCCAAAAGGAAGCCGUUCAUCUCUUUGGACCAGUUAAUGGAUUUCAUCAACGGCAGGCAGAGAGACUCCAGACUGAACGAGGUGCUGUAUCCCCCGCUGAAGAGAGAGCAGGUCCGACAGAUUAUGGAGAAAUAUGAGACCAACACUAGCCAGCUGGAGAGAGACCAGAUCAGUUUGCAGGGUUUCAGUCGGUAUCUGGGAGGAGAAGAAAACAGUAUUGUACCUCCAGAGAGGCUGGAUCUCAUCGACGAUAUGAACCAACCGCUGUCUCAUUACUUUGUCAACUCCUCACACAACACAUACCUCACAGUUGGACAGCUGACUGGUCUAUCUUCAGUGGAGAUGUACAGGCAGGUGCUGCUGACCGGCUGUCGCUGUGUGGAGCUGGACUGCUGGAAGGGUCAGCCAAAAGACGAGGAGCCCUACAUCACCCACGGGUUCACCAUGACCACUGAGAUCUCCUUCAAGGAGGUGAUUGAAGCAAUAGCAGAAAGUGCUUUCAAGACCUCUCCAUACCCCGUCAUUCUAUCCUUUGAAAACCACGUAGAUUCGGCCAAGCAGCAGGCCAAGAUGGCAGAGUACUGCAGGACCAUCUUUGGAGACGCCCUACUCAUUGAUCCACUGGACAAAUAUCCAUUGGUCCCAGGCCAGCUGCUCCCCUCACCUCAAGAGAUGCUGGGAAAGAUUCUCAUUAAAAACAAGAAAAAGCACCAUUACCACCGACCAUCAAGUGGUGGGAGCAUACGACGCAGGGAGCUGGGGGAGCAGCCGUCACCCAACAAUGACUGUCCUUUGACAGACAAUGAGGGAAACCAGCUUCUGUCCAAUGGGGAGGAGAAGCUGGCUGAGAGGAUGGUCAAAUACUCAGACCCUCGCAAGUCCAUAGGGGGUGAGGGAGAAAGCGAGGAGGAUGAGGAGGAUGAACCGGUGGCGGAGCCGAAAAAGCCAAACACUGAUGAGGGCACAGCCAGCAGUGAAGUGAACGCCACAGAGGAGAUGUCGACUCUUGUCAACUACAUCGAACCUGUCAAAUUCAAGAGCUUUGAGUUGGCAGCCAAGAGGAGGAAGUUCUAUGAGAUGUCAUCGUUUGUAGAGACUAAAGGCAUGGACACCCUGAAGAGCUCCCCUAUCGAGUUUGUCGAGUACAACAAGAACCAGCUGAGCCGAAUCUAUCCUAAAGGCACGAGGGUGGACAGCUCCAACUACAUGCCUCAGCUAUUCUGGAAUGUUGGGUGCCAGAUGGUGGCGCUUAAUUUUCAGAGCCUUGACCUCCCCAUGCAGCUGAACAUGGGGGUGUUUGAGUAUAAUGGCCGCAGCGGCUACCUUCUGAAACCCGAGUUCAUGAGAAGGACGGACAAACACUUUGACCCUUUUACGGAGAACAUAGUAGAUGGGAUUGUCGCCAAUACAGUCAAAAUCAGGGUGAUCUCAGGCCAGUUCCUGACAGAUAAGAAGGUGGGCGUGUAUGUGGAAGUGGACAUAUUUGGACUUCCUACUGAUACAAAGAGGAAAUACAGAACCAAAACAUCCAAUGGGAAUUCGCUAGACCCUGUAUGGGAUGAUGAAAUGUUUGUCUUCAAUAAGAUCGUCCUCCCUACACUGGCCUCCUUGAGGAUAGCGGUGUUUGAAGAAAACGGCAAGUUUAUUGGCCACCGGAUCCUCCCUGUGUCAGCUAUUAGACCUGGCUACCACUACAUCAACCUGAAGAAUGAGCUGAACCAGCUUCUGCUGCUGCCCUCCCUGCUGGUUUACACUGAGGUUCUUGAUGAAUGCAUAUGCGUGCUUUCAGAGUACGCAGAGGCCCUGACCAAUCCCAUUAAGCACAUCAGUCAGCUGGACAAGAGAGAGAGACAGCUGGCUGUUCUUUUUGAGGACAAUAGUGAGCGUGCUCCCAACCAUCCCAAAGAGGGAGACAACAAGAAAGAGAGCGACGUCAUUCCGGGAGGUCGACUCCCCUCCACCUUCUACACCCUUCCCCCUUCAUCUUUAGAUGAUGCCCCUGACAUCAUCAAGUUACCAGCACCGAGUCACAGGGAGGAUCUCAUAGCCACUGUUCUGACAGAUGUCCAGGUCCACUCUGUAGAGGAGCUGAAGCAACAGAAGAACUAUGUGAAGCUGCUAAAUAAAAAAAGCAAAGACCUCAAAGAGCUGCGUAAGAAACACCUGAAGAAGGUGUGGAAUCUGAGUAAGGAUCAGAAGAAUCGGACCAGUCAGCUUCAGUCUGACACCCAGAGGAGACGCAGUCAGAUGGAGAAACAUCUCAAACGUAGCAUCAAGAAAAAUGAGCCCCAGGAGCCGGUACAGCAUGAGCUGAAUGCUCUGGAUCAGGAGCUUGAGAAGCAGACAGUGCAGCUGAGGGAAUGGCAGAUGCAGGAACUGCUGAAAUUUCGACAAGAGCUUCACUCACUGGAGAGAGAGAUGCAAAAAACACACCUGCAAGAGGCCUUCCAGAAGUUAAAGGAGACGGCCCAUGAAUGUCAAACAGCUCAGCUGAAAAAGCUCAAGGAGACAUGUGAGAGGGAGAAGAAAGAGCUCCAGAGAAUCCUGGACAGGAAGCGACAAAACAGCAUCACUGAAGCCAAGAGCCGUGAGAAAGAAAAGGCUGAAACGGAGCUGAAUGAGAUCAACAGGAAACAUAUUCAAGAUUCUGUCACCUCAAUCCGCAAGUUGGAGGAGGCUCAGAGCAAGAGACAGGACAAGCUGCUGCUGCGGCAGCGGGAGGUGCUGCAGUACAUAGAAGAGGAGCUACCACUGAUGCAGUCUCAGCUAGAGAGGGAUCUGGAAGAAGAGUACCAGCAACUAGCGGAAGAAAUCUGCAACCACCUUCAGCUGAAGCUCCAGAACAAAGGGCUCCAAAAGGACGCCCUUUUCUCACCCUUUUCCAAUCACCGCAGCCCCAGCCCAAGCUCGGGCUCAGGCCCGCCCUCCAACUGCUCCACACCCUCCUACCCGUCAACACCCAAUCGAAGCACCUGGAAUAGUAGCAUGGACAAUAGCACCGCCUCGCUGGCUGAUUCCUCUUCACCAUCCACCACUCCCGUCCUGUCAGAGCCGGAGAUGUCGUUCAGUUAAAAUAAUUUUUUGUAAAAAGGAAAAUACCUGCAUUCAACUGGGGUUUAUAAUGGUCAUAAUGUGUAAUAGUAAUGAUAGAGAUUUACAAAUUUUAUUCCUUUUUUUAUUACAGUUCUUGACUACAAAGCUAUAAUAUUUUUAUUUUGCAGUUUUUAUUUUCUUGUCUAAUUGUCUUGAUUUUACUGUCAUAUCCUGUCUUUUUAUGUUCACACAGUUUUGCUAAAGCUAUCUGUUUGUAAGCUUUAAACUCGUUUUUACCUUUGAAAGCUUUACCUUGUGCAGAUGGAGCAGCCCGGUGUGAAAACAUCUGCCUUUGUUAAGAAAACUUAGCAACAUACAUACAGCUGGAGCAACCAGUCACCAUGAGAGUAAGAAACACAAAUUCUCACUACAGAUUUUUGAUAUUUUAUUUGUAGCAACAUGUGACCAGUGACAAUUCAUAUUUGCUUUCUUACCCAUAAAGAGAUGAAAACCUAAACAACACAGCCUGUGGAGAUGUGUGAGUGCUACAAAUGCAUGUCAAAAACCACACAUUUAUUCCACUUUUGCAAGUAAAAAUGAACAGCACUAGAGAAGUAUUUACCAGAAAACAUGUGGUCUGAAUUUAUACAAAAAGUUUUAUUUGCAAUGGCAGUAGUUGACCACAAAGGGGUGCUGUAGCCCAAACCUUCUUUUCAGUUGGUCGUGUGAGCUGCCCAGUCAUCUAACCUGAUUAUCUCAGCAUGCUGUACCCUGACACACACAGCCAAGGUUGAUUAGGGUUAGCAGGCAUCACUAUGGCUAGAGACUGUGUGUGUGUGUGUGUGUGUGUGUGAGAGAGAGAGAGAGAGAGAGAGAGAGAGAGCGCAAUGAGUUUCAGAGUAAAUCAGAAAGGGUUUAAGUGAUGUAACAGUCUCACUUUCUAAAUGCAUGUGUAAGACACAAUCACAUGCUUGACGCUGUGUUUUCUACUACAACAUCUUUGAAAGAUGUGUCCUCACACUGCAGCACACACACACACACACACACACACACAUAUAUAUAUAUAUAUACACACACACACAGACAGUAUAUUUUACAGCCUGUCAGUCUGUAAAAUCCUCAUCCCAUCCAAUCUACCCUCUGAUUGAAAAACGGACUCACAAACACACACUUCAGUGACAAGGCUCAGUAAUAGAACUUACUUAAAAUAACUUGUGUGUGUGUAUAGCCAGAAGUCAGUCUCUUGAUGAGACAUCAGCUUUUGGGGGCAGUAAUACUUCCUACCAAAUGGAAAUAGUCUGCUCUAUAUGUAUGUGUACAUGUGACUGACAUUAGUCAAACUGUAGGGAGCGAAACCUAUUUAUGCAUAGAAAUUGUGGAGACUCGGCCUUCUUUGUGGAGACCUAAAACACUGGAUUUUAGGGUGAUGGCUUGGGUUAGGGUGAGGUUAGUUUUAUGUUAGGGUUUGGCUCGGGCAGAUGGUGGUUAUAGUUAAAGUUAGGGUAGGUCUUCAGGAAAUGAAUUUAAGUCAAUGUAAUGUCCCCGUGAGGAAUGACAACAAACAUAUGUGCUGGUGCAGUUUGCCAUUUUGGCAGACUGGAGAAAGACAUCAUGCGCAGCACUGUCGGAGUUUGCAGAUGAUGACUUUAAGCUUAACUGUAACAUUUUAAUGUCAAAAUUCGCUCAUCGUUUUAGUCCAAGCACCAAAAGCUUAUGAGCAUGCCUUUCCCCUGUGGUUGAUACUAUAGAUUUUAUUAUUGCUUUAGUGUUAGAGAUAGAGAUUAGAAAUCAUGUCAGAGCUCGUGAAAUGAACAUUUACUGUAGGUCUGAAGAGGUCACAGUUUUCUGAUGUUGUUGUAUCAUAAAAGCCUCAAACUUCCAUCACUGUGGAAGUGAUUUAUGUACAUUUGUUUUAGGUGAGUAUGCCCUUUAAAACAUCCCACACAGUUCCCUCAGUGUGUUAAUGUUAAAGCUAAAUACUAAUGUGUGCAUUUUGGUACUUUAGGUUAGGAAUUAGUGUUUGUCUCUAUCAAAGCUUUCUGUUAGGUUUUAUUUAUUUCACUCUGUUUUCCUUCAUCCAUAACUGCAGAGGUUUUUCUUUUACACCAAACUGUUCAUGGUUGCUUUGUGUCUUUGUAUAUAUAUAUAUUAUGUGUAUGUGAAUUUUACUACUGACCACAAGUGCUGCAGAGGGAGGCAGGUUGGGAGAGGAUCAGUGAAGUCUGAGGGAAGAAACACACACCUCAAAGAAAGGAUUGUCUUUAGGUGAGACUGAGCAAGUCCUGUCUUGCUGUCUCCUUCCAGGAGCACUGACUGCCUGUCUGUCUGAUUAACCCCCACCUUAAUGCACACCCCUUGUAAACGAUCAUCUGUUUAAAUAGUUUUAUUUAAGUUUUCAUUGAUGGAAGUAGGUGAAAGAUUCAGAGUGUAAAUGGGUUUCUAUGUACCAAGUCCCCAUUAUAAAAUCAGUUUUUAAUGUGAAUUUUAAUGGGGGCUUCUGAAAUCAUCAUACAGCUGUGUAUAGCAAAGUAUUUAAGAUUUGGCACUGUGAGGAGAAGCAGCUUGAAGCCAGUCAUUUGGGGCAGAAACAACAACAUACACUCACUGGGGUGAGCACUUUCUUAAAAAUGAAAACACUGAGCUGUCUAGUUCUGAUAAUUUUACAGUCAAAGGCUGCCAGCCUGUUAAUCUCUGGCUUCCCUGCACUCUGUGUGCCACGCUGCGUACAGUAUUCAAGUGUUUCUGCUCUUCUCUAUCAUUUUGGACACUAAUGUAAACAGUCAGAAUUUACAGUGGACUCAGAGAUGAAACGGCAUCAGAUCAUUUCGAAUCAAAAGGUUUGUUUGCCAGACUGUCUGUCUGCUUUUAGGGUCAAGGUGUCCAAGCCAUUCCAACUCCUGUGGCAAGUAUUCAAAGUAAUGUAUUCUGUAUUUGUACAUUAUUACUAGGUACUCAAGACAUAUUAGAUCUUAUUGUCUGCUGUCUUUUCAUGUUUAAACACACUUUUGCUGCUCUGUUAUUGUUGCUUGUAAAAACCUUGUAUUCCCCUGACAUGGACCUGAAUACAACCACAGCGGGUUUUUAUUUUUUGUGUAAAAUGUAUCAAAUUGGUUCUUUAAGAGUUUCAAUGGCUGUUAGCACAAGAGUCAGUGGGCACAUUUUGAAUGUACAAUGGAGAAUUUAGUAGAGUUGGUUGAGACCAGGAUGAAGCUAAAAGUAGGGGAGAUAUUGGGUUAAAACAUAACUCCAAAUGUUGAAUGUGCAAAUAAGCAGUUGUUUGCGAACAUAUACAAUAGUAGCAUUGCUGGGCAUAAAACAUCAGUGCUUCUUUCUUUGGGGAACGCUACUUAUCUGUCAUCAUCUAGCAUUUCCUAUGAUACAAAAUGCUAAGUACCAGUUACGUUAAUCAGGAGUCUCUGCAAAAGCCCCUUUAAAACAUAAUUCCAAGGCACAAUUUAUCAACUUUCACGUGCAAGUUUCCUUCAGUAACCAUUCAGACUUUGGUAGGUGCUGCCUUGGCACACAGAGAUGAGAGAGGAGCACAGUUAAUAUGCUAAUGCUGUUAGCUAGUUUCCUUCCCACCACAAUGGAGCCUGGGGGUUGUUUCUUGUCAUGCCAUGAGCUUUAAACUCUGUUAUUUCUGUCCUGGUUAUGUUGAAAACACUCAUUUAAACAGACACACACUAUACCAUACACUGACUCAAACUCAGCAGCGUACCAUUAGCCACCAUGCUGACAUGGUGACUUUACUCUUAGUAGACAUUUGGUGUGGUUCCUCAGGUCCACCCUGAGGCCCCUGGCUGUUGUCUUCUCUCCCUCUUUUUAUGUUCCCAACUGUCCCAUUUCCUUGUCUCCAGUUUCACCCAGUAAUGAGACCAUCUUUUUCAUCUUGGACUAGUUAAUUAAAAGCAGCAACUGUGUGUUUGUGCACUUCAGAUAGCGACGGCAGCAUGUGAUAAAUAUUAGACAAGAUAUGUAGUGAGACACCAUAUAUGUAGUGUAUGUGAUUGUCGGAUAUAAGGGAAUACUAUACAGUGAUCCAGAUGUAAUAUUUGAUUGUUGAUUUAUAAUUAAUAUAAAGUAUAUGACUGGACAUUCAGUAAUAAACUUCCA